ACACCUGCUCAUCAUCACUCGCCCACCUAUUCCUAUUAAUCUUCUCACAACUCACAACCACAUACAGUAGCCAUCAGCAUCCAAUCCAUAAUCCCCCCAUACACACAAAACCAAAAACCAAGACGGCCUUUCCUUUUGACAAACCAUGCCCAGCAACGCCAGGAUCUUAGAGGCUCUGAAUGUCCGGGUAACCGGGUUGGGCGAGCAGUACCUGGUCCUGGCCCAUGGCUUCGGCACUGACCAAUCCGCCUGGCAGCGCAUUCUCCCUUACUUCAAACCUAACUACCGCAUCAUCGUAUACGACCUCGUCUGCGCCGGAAGUGUCAACCCCGAUUACUUCGAUUUCAACCGCUACACCAACCUCGACCCCUUCGUCGACGACUUGCUCACCAUCCUCGACGCCGUCGGUGUCAAAAAGUGCGCCUACGUCGGCCACUCUGUCUCCGCCAUGAUCGGCAUCCUCGCCUCCAUUCGCCGCCCCGAGCUUUUCUCCAAGCUCAUCCUCCUCGGCGCUUCUCCAAGGUUUCUGAACGACAGGGACUACCACGGAGGGUUCGAGCAGGAGGAGAUUGAGAAAUUGUUCUCGGCGAUGGAGGCGAAUUACUCGGCCUGGGUCAACGGCUUCGCGCCACUAGCCGUUGGAGCCGACGUGCCAGCCGCCGUCCGAGAGUUCAGCCGGACCCUUUUCAACAUGCGCCCCGAUAUCUCGCUCUUCGUUUCGCGGGCCGUCUUCAACAGCGACCUGAGGGAGUUUUUGGGCUUUGUCCGGGUGCCCUGUUUCAUAAUCCAGACCGCAAGAGACCAUUCUGUCCCUGCCUCCGUGGCGAACUACCUGAAAGACCAUCUGGGUGGCCGGAACACCAUCGUGACGCUCGAGACGGAGGGCCACUUGCCGCAUUUGAGCGCGCCGGGUUUGUUGGCCCGUAAGCUCCGCCAGUGUCUGUUGUCGUCGUAGUAAUAAAUGUACCCGACCCGAAUGUGUGCCCGGCUCGGCCCACUAAGUGGGGGUCCCAGAAGAGGAAAUUCCAAUAAGGCUAGAGAUUGAUGACGCGUGUAUAAUAAUCUGUGGACGUUAGUCCUUUUGGGCUUUUCUUCCACUUUGGAUUAUAUGAUCUGCGGAAGGGGAUAAGAAUCUCCAUGUGAUUAUCACGUGGUUAUGUGUCCCUCUUUUGUCAAUUUGGCCUUCUUUUCUGUUUUUUUUUGUCUUCUUCUAUUUUCUUCUGCCUUUCUUUUUUUCUUUUUACUUUUUUUCUUUUUACUCUUUUGGGUUUGGCAUCUUCCUUUGUGGGAAUUCUUGUAUGCACGACGUAUAUUCACACGACAUAAUCUUAACCGUUCAUAACAAUUCAUAUGUUUGACCACCAUAUUUAUAUAUUAUUUUUU